AUGGCUUCAGGUGAUCUCAUAUUUCCGCAGAAAUCCUCGUUAAGGGCCUUUUUUUUCCCUACUAUCUGUUGAAACGAAAUGAUUCUUGCCGAGAACGAUUAAUUAUCGGCGUGAUUGAUUUCAGCACCUAGGUCGUAUUUAGCGUGAAUGGAUGGAUCAGUAUUUUUUUCCUCAUUAAUGAGCUUACCUUGAUGUUAUCGGGUUUUCGACGUCUCUUCAGGGAGCAUGCUCUUCUUUAGCUUAUAUAGCUCUUUACAUUGCUUGAUUCACGAAUUCGAUUGUUUUUCUUGUAAGCCUGUUGUGAAUUUCUGGUGUAUAGGUGACGGGCCUGCGAGAGUGUAAUCUGCAGGCUUAGUCGCAGGAUUUUUUCACAACACUCAUUCCGGAACUUUUGCGGAUUUCAUUUGGAGAUUUGAUUCUGAGAGAUUAAUAGAUCGAUGUUGGCUUAUUUUCUGUUUGCAGACAUAGCUCUUCCAAUCCCAAAUGAGGCUAGCGCGAGUUCGGGUUUCAGAAUGAUGCAGUUCAUUGGAACAAAAAGACCCUGGCUGAGUAUGUCUACGAAUUUUCAAAACUUUUAAAAGCAUAUAAUUCUAUUCACUUUCAAUUUAUUUUUUCCUCUGGUACCCAUUCACGUAUCUCACAAAAAAAAAAGGGCUUUCUCAAUCACAUUAGCAGUGUCCUCAUUUUUCCUUUUUUGAAGAUAGACAUCAGAAAAUAUUAAUUAGAUAUCAUAUUGAGAGAAAAAAAAAGUGAAAAUUGAUGAUAUCUUCUAUUGAAAAUAAUAGUGAACAAGAAGACUGGAGAAGGAUAUUUUUUGUUUAAAUAGCAUGUAUUAGUGGCUAUUAAAGUAAAUAUGUGACUGUAAAGAUGACUGUUCUAUAAAUUGAGAAUUGGUUUUGAGGUGGAUGGCUCAAUAAUGCCUUUUGAUGCAGUGACAAAGUAGAGAUCACAAACACCACAGAUAAUUAAAAAAAAAAACAAAAGGAAGACGUUUGAGCAAUACAAAGCAAAUACGUAUGUCGUUUGAGGUUCAGACAAUCUUUUGCGAGUUCUAACUUUUAAGAGAAAUCACGUCUGCCCCGAAAAGAAAAUUCCUUUUCCAUAAACAUGGAAGGGUUUCCAUAGAUGACGAAUUUUAUCUCUUCGCAUUUCUUAUGGAAGAAUAGGAUUCUGCUAUAAUAUCCCUUAACCUAUGGUGACAAAUGCUUUAAAAUGGAUGAUUUGAACUUGAUAAUCUAAAAUUAAACUAAAAGUAUUGCAUUGAGCCCACUUGGAGACCUCCUCGUCUGUAUGUUCAGCUAGCACUCGAAAGCUUUUAUUCAUUGUGGCUGUGCGUGAUCUACCCGGUUCCACGGAUUCACUCCGUAGGAUCUGAUAUUUUUACUUAUACUUCACGUGGAGAGGUGCUCUUUGCAACUAUCCAAUGUGCGAGGUAGAAAACGAGUAACAAACCUCUACAAGAGAACGACUUAACAGAGUAGCUCUCCUUUAACAAGAUAUUUAAAAAUUUUGAACCUUCACUUCUAGGUUGAAAUUCCAGUUGGUAGAGAGUGCUUCUAAAUUAUUCUAUUAGGUGGAAAAAUUAGGAAACGUGAUGAAGCAGUUGUAUAUCUUCACAAAUAUGCAUUUUUAAAAUAAAUGUAGAUGAAUUAUGGAAAAAAUGUGUCCAGUAAUUUCAGUCUAAUUUUAUGUCACGUUGAAUGCGAGGACAGGGCUAGUUAGUUGUUGAUUUCAGCUCAGAGGGUAAGUUACUUUAAACCGUAAUGUGGACGUGAUAGACUAGAUAUUUUUGUUAUUUUACACUGGUAUUCGCAUCUAUUAAUGACAUCUUCUUUAGCCAGUGAAGUUAUAUCCUGUUAGUACACAAUGAAUGUAAAAGGAUUCAGACUGUUAAUUAUGUCGAUGCAUGUGCCUAUUUUUCAGAUCUCUAUGGAAAUAGAAUUCGACCAAUUGCUCCGUUUGGAAGCACAAGCAGCAAGGAGUUUGCCGAAUCAUCACUCAUGCACCGCUGUUUACCUGAUGAGCUGCUUUUUGAGGUAUUGGUUUUUUAAUUUCCGUGUGUCGUCAAUAAUUUCAUUAGAAAGCGCAGGGUCAUGCCUUGUUGAAGGAUAUUUUGUCUCUGUUAUUGUCUCAGAAAGUAAAGUCAAUGAUUCGAAGCCCUCACUUUCACAACGCCAAAAAAGACAAUGUUUCAUUUCCAUUUUCAGUUUUUUAGAUGUGGGUGCAAUGGUCUUUGAGGAUUUUUCCCUUAUCUUUCAAUCAUGAAGCCAGUGGAUUAUUAGGAUUGGAACAUGCACGUUGCAAACUAUAGUUGAUAUCUGUUUGUUCCCUGGCACGCAAAAAAUAUAUAUUUUAUGAAGAACUGGCUGAUCAGAAUCAGGUAUCCCAUAUGAUUUUGAGUGAUACACACGAGCAGCUUUAGGGUUUACAUAUGAAUAUUUGUACUAGGAUUCCAUGCGACAUCCUGACGUGCACUUCUUGGCCAUGUAUCACUUGUUCAAUGCCGAAUAAACAAACUCAUAAUCUGAAGUAUAUACUGUUUCUAAUAUUGUGUCAAAUAUUGAAAGAAUUAGAUGGAAAUGGAGUUGCAGUAACAUAAUCGGAAUAUAUAUGAAUAAACAUUUCUUUACGUUGUCAUAAGGCUGCUAAUCGACCUGUGGACGCUGUAACCCUUUAGAUAGCUGUUCUCACUCUAAAGCCUUCUUUCUUCAUGGACAGAUUUUUUCACGGAUGCCCCCUUAUGCCUUAGGAAAGGCAGCAUGUGUAUGUCGGAAGUGGAGGUACACGAUUCGUAAUCCGACACUGUGGCGUGCUGCAUGCCUAAAAGCCUGGCAGGUUCUAGCUCGUUCAUUGUUCUUUCUUUUGUUGUGGAUGGAUCUUCAACGUUCGUUUCAACAACGGAGUACUGGUUAUUUUUUUGAAGGCGUCUGGGGCAUUGGAGAAUUAUAGAAUACUUCAGUCUGUAUACGAUGGUUCUUGGAGAAAAAUGUGGCUUCAGAGACCAAGAGUUCGAACAGAUGGUAGCAUUCUCUCUCUUGAAAUCUAUUGAUGCCAGUCUCUCAAGAAGAAGUCGUAUCUUCCAUUGACUUUACUUAGAUUAUGCCUCUAUGAUCUACAUGUCAUCAUUGGCUAGCUACCUAGAGUUCAAAAAUGCAGUGAAAAACGAUUAAUUUCUGCGUUAUUUAUGUCACGAAUUUCGUUUUAUCCCUCCUGGACUCUUCAAUGGCGUUACUCCAAUUCAUCUCUAAAAAUCGCAGGAGAUCCAUUUAUUAUUCUCAAUUGAAUAUUAUUCCAAGGUAGUUUACUACGUUGACUUUUUCAUUGGCUUAUUUUGUUUCACUGCUCCACCGUUGACCUCUCUUGACCCCAUCUUUUUAUAUACAACACUCCCAGAUGACGGGAAGUAUGCAUUGACUUACAUGAUUAGAUAAUCAUGUAGGUCAAUGCAUUUCUUAAUCUUAUUUCUUCAUUUAUUUAUUUUAAUCAUAUUCCUAGAGUAGAGCCUUCCCAUAACGUCUGUUCUUUCUCCAUGCCUCUAGGUCUUUAUGUGAGCAGGAAUACUUACAUCCGGGCUGGAAUAAGGGAGUGGAAUGUCACAAAUCCUGUUCAUGUGGUAUGCUACUUUCUUCGCCCAGAUUUUGCGCGAUGUAUCUACAUGUUCAUCUGGGUAAAUACCAAAUUUAUCAAAAAAAAUUAUGUGAUUAUGAUUCGAUACCUCUGUUUCUUCAGGUUUGCUACUACCGUUAUAUCCGGUUUUUCCCCAGCGGAAAAUUCCUCUAUAAGGUGCUUAUCCUGGACAAGGUCAACGUGGGAAUCCCGCUGAGUUCCUCUUCGCAUGAAUCUUCUGACGUUUGACUCCGUUUGAUGAUCAGAAUUCAUCCCAAAAGGUCAAAGAGGUCGCCAAGUGUAUGAGUUUCCGCGCCUCCAAGGUGGACUGCGUCUUCAGGGGCGACUUCGCCAUGACCCACGACAUGGUUGGUCUUCAAUUCUAUGGCCCUUCUGUGCUCUCCUCCAUGAAGUUGACUUCUUCGGUCUUUGCAGAUUGACGGCGCUCUCUUGUAUCCCGGUCUCCGUCCCACUCUUCUGAGGAUGAAACUCAGGUCUCUCUCUCUCUCUCUCUCUCUACUCGGCGGGAAUGAUUUUGAACAAACAAACGUGGCAGGAUGAGAGGGACGACGAGAGGAGCGAACAACCGGCUGGAUCUGCUGACACUGGUGACGACCGGCGUGGAAUACAACGAGCUGAGCCACGGCGAAGACGACAUCCUCGGCGUGGUGGAGUCUUGGGAAGAGAACGAGACUCACAACCCCGACGUGCCCGCCGUCUCGCACCGCCGGGGCAUGGCCCCCUUCGUCUUUGUUCCCUUCGAAGAGGUACACCCCCCCCCCAACCCACUCCGCCUUUUCCUUCGCUUCUUCCACCCACUCUUAUCAUCUGUUCACCCCCGCCCAUGACUGGUUCACAGAGACAGAGACAGCUGGGUUUAUAUAGCAGGGGAAGAACCCUUUGUUCUUCCAUCUUCGAAAAAAAAAAAGGUCGGCCAUUGGGGCUUCUCUGAUCCUCAUCCGUGCUUCUGUCCCAGGUGGAGACGUCGGUUUUGAAUCUCCCGGUGGACAAGAUGGACUACUACGUCCCCGGAUGA